AUGGAUGCUCAGUUUGCGGCUAUUGCCGCGGACGCUGCAAAGGACGGCUUCCCGUCUCUCAAGACUGUUGGCGAUCUCAUCAAACAGGUCGAGCUUCAGAAUGCACAGUUUGAGGCGUUCCGCGCCAAACGACAAGCCGUAUUCGGCGCCAUGGCCGCUGCUAUGAGGCCGGUUGAGGUCAUCGGCGAGAUAGUUGCUGGCGUCGCUGAAGAGGGCUUCCCGCCAGCCCAAAACGUCUUUGCCGCCGUCGUGUAUCUCAUCAAAGCUGCGAAAGAUACCAGUGCCAUGUACGACGGCAUCAUUGAAUUAUUCGAGCAGUUGCAGGACUUUACCCUCCGUCUAAAUAUAUACGUCCAACACAAGUUGUCUCCGCCGCUCAAGCAGAAACUGACGACCAUCAUGGCGACGCUAUUCGAAGUGCUGGUUAUAUCCACACAAGAGAUCCGUCGUGGCAGGUUCAAGGCCUACUUUAAGCGGCUGUUCGGAAUUGAAAAAUUAGUUCUAGCCGAAACAUAUGGCAGUGUCUCGACGCUUCACGAAACGACCGAGAGAGUAGAGAAUCUCUUCAGUCUUGUCAACGAAAACGUCAAAAAUCUUCGGCUUGACCACCUGGGCCAAAUUGACCUGUUCCAGAGAGACAAACUCAAGGCCGUUUUGGACCCAUCGCCGUUUCCAGAAGACUUUUACUCGGCCUUUACAAAAUCGCGAAUCGCAGAAACCGGCGACUGGAUAUUGGAGGAUGAGACGCUACAAUCUUGGAUAAGGGGCGAGAAACAGCACCUCUGGAUCUGUGGAAGCCCAGGAACUGGAAAGUCUUUCCUCACAGCACGUAUCGUUUCAUGGGGCAUUGAAAAUCUUGGAAACAUGGCCUACUUUUUCUUUCGAGAGAAUAAUCCGGAGACCAAAUCAGUCAUACAAGCAAUCCGUGACGUUGCCUACCAAAUCAGCGAAAGCGACGCAUCCUAUGCAAAGGCGCUGAUUGCCGGUCUUCAGAGCGCCGAGGAGAUCAAAACGGUGGCGAGCGCUUUUCGGCGCUUACUUGUACAGCCCCUGCAGAACUUGUCGCGAACCACGCCGACAUACAUUUUCUUGGACGGAAUUGACGAAGCAUCCCAUGAAGAAAUCAACCAGCUCUUAUUUCAGCUUGCCCCUGGCGAGAGUAUGGACCUCGAAACAUCAUCAAAUAUUUGUGUCGCCCUCGUGGGGCGAUCAUACAUGACGGAAAACAUUGUGGACAAGUUAGACCCUCAGGGUACUGGUGAUGUCUUCAGUACAAUACAGAUCACAACGGACCGAAGUGCUAGUGAUGUCGCUGCAUAUAUCGCGAGCGGCGUCGCACAAUCUCGCAUUUUAGCCCGUACCACUCCAGCAUUCAGAGAAGAGGUCAUUGCAACGAUGAAAGUGCAGGUCGACGGCCUCUUUAUUCUCGCAAAAUUCAUGCUAGCCGAGGUGAAUCGCAAGCGUCAUCCAAGGUCCAUCCAGAAAGCUCUGGAAGCAUUUCCGAAAGAAAUUGACGGCAUGCUAUUGCGGACCCUCGAGAGUCUUUCUGAGGCAAUUUCCGAGGAAGAGGCAGAAGAUCUCAACGAAAUGCUUCGUUGGAUCGUCUGUGCAGAGGAGGCAUUGUCCUUGGAGCAGCUCGAAGCAGUCCUCAUCUUGCGAUUUGGAGAUACACCCUAUCGGCUAGAAGAGAGCCUACGAGGACAAUACGGCUGCUUCUUCGAACUUGAACGAGAAGACGGUCUUUCAACCGAUGAUCUUAUCAAGGAAUUCGAGAGAAAACAGCGCAUGUUAAGAGGUUCCAGCCCAGGCUCAAGAUCCAGCCCUGAUAGGCGUGUCAGCGUGGGUGAAGUCAUCGACUUUGGAAAGCAGCGACUUGCUAGAAGCACCAGCCAAGCAUCAAGAUAUAGCUCUGACAGACGUAUCGGUCGGAGUGAAGCCAUCGAAGUCGAAAAUGGCAGCCCAGCAUCAAAGUCUAGCCCUGGUAGACCUGUCAAUUUGGGAGAAGUCAUCGAAGCUGGCAAUGCUCUGAGACCAAAAGGGCACGAAGAAGCGUUGCGCCGCUUGAGCAUGUCCUCGGAUAUGAGCUCUCCGAAUAGCCCGACGCGGAGCAUUGACUUAGCUGUUACUUCCACUGAGAUGGAAUACCGAUCCAAAAAGUCCACCACUUCUGUCAGCUUCUUCCAUAGCACGGUUCGCGAAUUCUUCAGAAACUUUCCGACAAAUAUUGCCAAUGCCUCGUUCAAACCAAGCAUCACCUUUGAUCAUGUUGAGGCACGGCUGCACAUUGUGAAAACGUGUCUGAAGAUAUUUUCCGACAACGCUUGGUUUGAAAAGUUUGAUCUUGGUUCAGGAAAAAGUGCAAUAAGGCAGUAUGCUGCAUGGUACUGGCAGGAGCAUCUUGCCGCGUUGGAUCCGACUACCGUCGACAUCACUGACAAGAAGGAACUGGCACCCCAGAUCGUCGCUAUGCUUACUGAUGAAGCCACCAUCAAUGCAUGGGUUUUACCUUACUUGAAGAAUAACGAAGGCCUGGAGGUUCUGAACGAGACCAAUCUCACGGAUAUUGUGCGUUGGUUCUCUGACACGGAUGUGGUCGGUUCUUUGACUGGCCCCGCAAAAGACUUUGCAGUGUCACUGGCAAAGAACCCGUCCAGGAUUUCAGAACCUAUCGGUCGUCAAUUUGCGAAGGCCUGGCUCUGUGCUGACUUUGAAGGCUAUAUGCCGACCGUCUUUUGCUUCGACAUCGUCCAAAGCGCAACCCUCAUGGCUUCUGGCUGCAACAGUUCUGGGGAAGAAAGUCACUGGCUUGAAAGUUCUCUCGAUGAGAGGAUUAAAAAAGCGCAUACAUGGGCUGGCUAUCCGGAGACAGGAGUGUGGCACAGAAGAAUCGGAAGCACGUACUUGACCCUGGGUAGACACGACGACGCGCUGGCCCAUUACAACAAGGCAUUGCAGAUGGAUAACAACAAACUUUUCACAUAUGGAAGAAUUGCAUAUUGCCUUUCCAAAGAUGGCAGAUAUGUGGAAGCGCUUGAUAUGGCGCUGGAAUGCGUGGUCCUCGAGGAGCAAGCUGCUGUUGACGGCAAAUUCAACGCAGAAGCGAGCCAGCGCAGCAAAUGGAGGCUCUACAAGGACUAUUACCUCAUAGCGCAGUGCUACUAUCAUACAUCCCAGGUCGAAGAGUCUCUGGAAUACUAUCGCAAGGCUAUUGAAACUGCCACUGCUGUUAAGCUCAACCCGUCGGAACAGUUUCAGUCGGAAGUGGGAUAUCUGGAGACUCUCUACAACGAGAACAUGCACUCGGAAAUGAUGGAGAUUGUCGAGCAACUGUCUCUGCAAAUUGCGAAAAAGACGAAAGGAGAGAGCCGACUGGUCGAAAUGUUCCUCGGGCAGGCUAACAAACGCCUGGUUCUCGACUGGAUUCCAAAGGCUGCUAGCACAACUGGAAAGACGCAACCUAUCCUGAAGCUAUUGAUGCUGUCCAUCAACACAGCCCAUAACCUGCGAGAUCCAGUCGUUGUUCUGUAUCUGCGGCUUGCUUACGGCGCUACAUGGACUUAUAGUCACUUCAUAGCGGACGCCACACAACUCUUCGAGCAGAUCUCUCUAAUUGAAUAUCGCCCAAAAGGAACUGUUAUCAUUCGGCAAGCGCAUGCCAUUUCGUUCCAACGACUCGCUGCCUUGUAUAAAAGGCAACUUCUGCAUGCAGGAGUACAGUCAAGUGAAGCUACGGUUUUGCUUCAGAAGUUGGAAGAAGUGAGAUUUCAGCAAGAGCAGCACCAAAACACCGACACGCCAUUGAACGUUCGAGGCUCCGAUAUAAACAUGGCUGCAGUAUACCUCGGACUUCAUCAACGCCUCACGGGAAACACAAGCGCAGCAGAUGCUAUACUUAAACCACUUGUUUUGUACAGCUUGGACUUGCUUGCCGACUCAGAGCCCGAGAAUGAUGUUUACGCCUUGGACAACCUUCUUUGGCUCAUGACGGCAACGGGAGAUGUCAAGCGAGCCCAGGCUUUGGGCCAGUCCAUGCGCCGUGUCAAUCCCAAUGCGUCCAUGGCGACAACACAAAGCGAGUCCCCUAUUUUGCAGAGACUAGAGCCCAAACUGCCCGACAUUCAGCUGGCGGACCGCAGUUGUGCCCAGUGUCUGCAUAACAUACCCUGCAGUGACGACUUUUCCAUUUGCCUGUACUGCAUGGAGUGCUUUUGCAUGUGCUGCAUCAAGAAAGUGAUUCAAGUGCCCGGGAACCAAACAAGCGAUAAGCGCAGUAACGUUAUCUGUCGAAGUGACCAUGACUGGUUUGUGGUGCCACCAUUGAAUCGUACAUUACAUACUGGUGAGAUUUUGGAAGCGUCAGGGAUUAGCUUUUUCAGCGAGUGGGAAGAAGCGCUACGGAAGCAGUGGAUGGCGAAGGGGAUUUGA